UGACUGCGCACUAGCUUGCUUGGCAGCUCGACAAACUAGUUGGGUUCAAGAGAGAGAUCGGAAUAGACCUAAUGCCAACCCUCCCUAGGCUCCCCACCAUACAGUUAUGGCGUAACGCGAUGUGGACAACAUUUCAUUGCUGACGCUAAUUGCGAGAAAGCCUUGCAGAAAUAAGUGGAAAGGUUGGAUCUUCAAUUAAUUCAGACACCAGUUCCAGUGAGCUUCUUGUACGUGAACGAUCUCGUGAACCACCACGAUGACGAUGACGACGACGAAGGCAUGGAUGAUGGUUGUAGUGAUGGCUGUGGUGGUGGUUAUUGACGGGACCAAAGCACUUGACAUUCCGAGUACGAUCGGGAAUGAUUUUGUAUUCGGUAUACCAUCGGACUACGUCUAUCGGCGUAGCUCUUCCAAACGUGUCUUUCUGUCGUCACACAGUGGCCAAACUGUUACUGCUACGAUUGUCACUUCUGGUAGCAACUUCCGCCAUGUCGUUGAGGUACCUGGUGAUCGUGAACUUAGGGUUGAUCUACCAAGUUCACUUACCUCACGUGGCACUGGUUUGAAGCAGAAUGUUGUUGGAAUACGAGCUGAUGGUGACCUGAGCGUUCAUGUCCAAAUAGAAGCAGGGGUAAACUCUGGAGCCUUUACCCCUCUCCCUACCAGAAGUCUUGGGAACGACUACAUCGUAGGUAUCUACGAGCCACUGACUCUAAAACACACUAAGUACAAGGCAGGCUUUACCGUGACCGCGACGGAAACGGGCGCUCUGUUACAAAUCAGGUUCAGUCAGAUAGUAGCAUUUGGCCACGUCUUAUAUGGUCCUCAUGAUGUCUUUAAGUUUCAGCUUGGGGCAUUUGAGUCCCUGCAAAUCAUGAGUGACAAGGACCUGACAGGUUCACGAAUCAAGUCGGAUCAACCCGUGGCGGUUGUGACCGGAAGUGAAUGUUCGCGAGUCCCGAAGGGAAUCAAGUACUGCGACUACCUAUUUGAGCAAAUGCCGCCAGUACAUACCCUUGGGAAGCAGUUCAUCGUGGCGCCAUUUAAGGACAGAGAAAGCAGCUAUGUUCUUCGAAUCGUCGCCCCUUUCAAUGACACCAACAUCAUCUUUUCAUCCCCACAUGCAAAUGAUGUGCACCUCAACGAAAACCAACACCACGAAUUUAUAUUUACCCGUCAUGUCGAGCUCUCGUUCCGAUCAACCGAACCCGUUCUGGUUCUGCAGUUCAUGAAAGGUUUCCAAUCUGGAGAUUUCGUCGGGGACCCGUCCAUGGUCGUCAUCCCACCCGUCGAGCAGUUCAUCGUCGGGGACUUGUCUCUCACCUCUAUGGACAAUGAUCACGUCACCGUGAUGGUUACAAACUCGAACAUCAGCUUAUCCGGACUGCGCGUGAACGGUAACCUCGUUGGUCGCGAUUCGCCAGACUGGCGUGUCAUUGUAGAGGAUGAUGUCUCAAGUGUCCUCCAUGGAACCUUACAAUCGGGUCGUCACACCAUCGGCCAUACUGAUCCUCAAGCAAGGUUCUUGGUGAUUGGCUAUGGAACGGGGUACCUGAGCGGACGAGCAUUCCCUGUGGCGUAUUAUCUUAAACGAUUGUACGUCCCGAGUACAGAACCGCUGUUCAUUCCUCCAACAGGUUACGAAGUGCAAUGUUACAACUCCUCAAUGUCUAUCACCCUGGAUACAUCGGUCUUUCUCGUUCACGGUCCCGAUGAUGUCACCCUCAACGAUCCUUCCUGCAAACACGUGAUCGUCCAGGAGGGCAUCGUCAUGCUUACUACACCCUUCGAUUCGUGUGAUACUCGAGUUCAGGAGCAAGGAGAUUCUGUCACGUUCUCCAACACCCUGAGGUUCGCCGACCAUGUCAUCACCCCUGACUCUCCCCUUCGCUACCUCUCCUUCAAAUGCGAAUCGGACCAAGCAGGAAUCAGCGGGAUCUCACCACUUACCGGAGGUCGCCGAGAACCGAGCGCCCUGGUCUUGUCCGAUGCUGUCCUAGGUGACCUGUCUCUUAGCCUCGUCCAGUACAUGGAUGAUGCCUUCGGGACAUCAAGCAAUGCCUCCUCAGGGACAGACCUGUUUGGGACAUGGAUGGAAGGGGUCCAGCCGGGGCAGAACGUCUUUGCGGUGAACCUGACGUCCUCAGUGGAUGCCAAUGUGUUUGUUGAUUCGUGCUGGACCACUCCAGGACCAGACGCUCAAGACCAGGACUCAACGUCUCUCAUCCAGGAUGGCUGUGAGAUUGAUGAUACCAUCCAUAUCGGAGCCUCGGCCGAUGAUCCUCGAUUCAGGCCGAUAGCAGUCGAUGCGUUCAGCCCCAUUGGAGAGUAUAAUGAGGUAUUCAUGCAUUGUCGUGUUCAAGUGUGUCGUGGCCAGGAGUCUGCGGCUCACUGCUGGCAAGAGUGUAGACGAGAACCUCGUAACAGACGACAUAUCCGCGGAGUACGAGAAAUGUACACCAUUUCGACUGGACCAAUCAAGGUCAAGUAAUAAAAAGGAAAAUCCCAAUUCAUCGGUUUUGUAACUUUAUUUCAUGGCAGACGCAGAAGAACGUUGAUGACAGUGUAGGGGGGGGGGGGGGACUCUAACAAAUUGAACAUGCAGGCAGUGUUUCUGAAAGCAAUGAGCACUCAUCAUUCACUGCUUCUCUCGAUGCUAAUAGUAGCACUACCCCCGGGGGGUAAACUAAAUUAUCUGCUGCAUAAUUACUUUUAAAUCCAAUAAUUUAUAAUAAACACAAUCGUAAACUGGUAAAGACUUCCAAGCAAUCAACUCGCGGUCAAUGGCCCCUGAUGUAACAAGUCACAAUACUAAUGUUCGCAUGGACAGUAAUGAACAGGGCUUUUGAAUUUUGCCUUUUAGGUUGAUUUUUCGAAAGUCUUAGCGAUCAUGUUCUUAAAGUCAUGGAUUUCGGAAAGCAUAUUGAGUGUUCACGAUGCGGUGACCGACAUGCAGUUAAGUUAUAGCUAGGAGAUGAAAUAUUCGCAACAAAACUAAACAAUAUUUAUUCCAUGUGUGUCGAGUAUCACUGAUCGUGAGCCCUGUACUUCAUGCCCUAUCCAUGUAUACAAAGAAAGAGCUUCAAUUCUAGUUUCGAAAUUGUUUGCAGUUAUUUGAAAGUAUAUAUAUAGGCCCCUGCCCGUGUAUCACGGGUUACUGGACAUGUUCUUGUAGAAUGAUUGUGUAAGUCUUGAAACGAUCUACGCAAAUAAUAUGUACAAAGCUAUAGAUCAAAUGUAUGUAGUUAGAUGUGUAGAUAAAGUAUGAUUUCAGAUCAAUAUUAUGUAAUAUAUUAUGUGAAGUAUUUAUGCACAGAUUUGUAUAAAAUACGUAUGAAUAAAUAUGAUUUCAUGUGAUGUGACAGAUCAUUAAAUAAAUGUUAUCAUCCUGCUUGACUGAUAAAAUGCAAAUCA